GUAUCUGUGUCUGUGAAACACUGUUUAAGCUGCCGGACUUCAAAAAGUGUUUGUUUUUCUGUUUGUGUGUCAGAGGUGAUGGUGAAGCAGUCUGAUCUGAAGGCGUGUGGGAAAGACAAGCAUGUGUGUGUGACUGACCCCAGAGACUGUGAACCUCGACCCCCUGCAUCUACAUGGGAGACCCUGAACAUGUCGUGUUACUACCAGGAAUCACACAGGUCUUUCACAUGUGUGUGGAGUCGGGAGUCAAACAGCCACACCGAGCCUGACGUCUCUCUGAUCUUCAGCAGAACAUCUAAAAUUGACUACUGUCCGGCAUUCAUCAACCCGACCACCGUCCUCAACGUAACGGCCCGGAUCAAGGACUACACGGGGAGGGAGAUCUGGUCUCGGCCUCACACCGUGGAUCUUAAACUUGCAGUCAAACCCUCUCAGCCUGUGUUAAGUCUACUUGCCUCCACUGAGGACUCAGUCAGUGUGUCUUGGAGAAGCAGCGGUGGCGGCGUCUGUCGGCUUCGAUACAGAGUCGAUGGCGAUCACACAUGGACCUGGGUUAUCAUACAGGUUACAAAAACAUUGUUCUCCGUACUGUGCUUAAGUACAAAGUCGAGGUACUUGUACUUGAGCAUUUACAUGUUUUGCUACUUUCUACUUCUCCUCCACUACAUCUCAGGGAUAAAUAUUGUACUUUUUACUCCACCUCAUUUGUCUUACAGCUUUAGUUACUGGUUACUUCCUGUCCAGGUAAAACCACGUAUCUCCAGAUGUGUUGAUGCUGAAUGUUUGUUUGGUUGCCAGGCUCUAGAUUCUGUUCCUGCACAUGAAGAUCAAACACAGAACUACACAAUCAAAGACCUCCUGGUGUCCACCGUCUACAGAGCUGCUGUGGCCUGCAUAGAGAAGUCCGGCAUCUGGUGGAGCGACUGGAGCUCCGACGUCAGCGCGAGGACGCUGGACAAGGCGCCCUCUCGGCCUCCAGAGGUGUGUUACAGAGUGGAGAAAAAUGACUCUGGUGGAUCUUUUCUCCUUCAUCUCAUGUGGAAGGACCUCGACCUCCGUGAUGCCGGAGGUCGUAUCCUUGGAUACCAGGUGAGCUACGAGCCGUCCGAGAAGAAGAAGAAGAAGAGGCAGCAGCAGCAGCAGCAGCAGCAGCACAGACACAUUCAAAACGUCACAGAGGUGACGGCGCUCCUGGAGGUGGACGAGGGGAACUGCAGCGUCACAGUCGCAGCCUUCAACGCGGCUGGCUACGGACCCGCUGCACAUCUCAGCAUUGACCCAGAAAGAUGGACCACCCCCCCGUCGGUCAGACACUUCUGGGUCUCCAGUUCCUUCCCGGCUAUGAAGGGCCUUCUGGUCCAAUGGGAGAACCCCAAAGUCCCGCCCACUGUCCCGCCCGUCAGUCAUCUCGCUGUUCAGUGGCGCUCCCAGACUCGUCCAACCACCGGCAGCCGCUGGACCACAGUGGACAACCUCACCACCUCCGCUGUCAUACCAGAUGUUGACCGUGAGGAGUCCUACCUGAUCAGCGUGUUCCCCAUCUACCACCAGCAGUGUGGACCUCCUCAGUCGCUGCCGGCCAGUCUGCAGCAGGGAGGAAACAACUCAAAUAAUUCAUUCAUUUACAUCCUUUCAGAUGAGGUACCAGUGGUGGCUGCAGCGACUCCUCUGCUGCUGCUGGCUGUCAUUGUGUUCAUCAUCUCCAUCCUGUCCAGGACUCUGUACAAGUCUUACUUCUUCCCGCCCAUCUGCAGCCCUCAGGGCAGUACGACAGGCCAGUGGCUGAUGGAUCCAAACCACCAGAAAGCUGCAGACAGACACGUCCUGGACAUGGAGGACUUCCAGGUGACGGAUGUUCUCGUAGAGAAGAGUCUCAUCACGGUCUGUCCGAACUCUGAAGAGGACCUCCACGAAGACGCGUCUCCGCUGUCCAUCGUCAAACUGUCAGCCCUCCAGCUGGACACGGAGUACCGUCCCGACGCCCCAGGAAACACGGAGCACCCACUGGUUUCUCUCCAGUCCUAUCACGCAGACUACCCAGACAACCGGCGACACCCCGACGCGGUUUUCUUAUCUGAGGACGUCGCCCCGCUGCGUCACACGAGCGACGCAAACGGCCGCUUUGCUCAGAGAGACGACGAGACGGAGCUCAAGAGAGAAACAUUUGAUCUUUGUGAAUUGGUGGCAAACGGUCACGAUGUUUAUCAGAUGACGUGCGAGGCCGAGUAUGUGGCAAACGGAUGCCUGAUCUGUGAGAGUGAUUGUGCAGCAAAGAGUUGCCAAACUGCAGAAGAAGAGUGAGAGACACGCUGGUGUGACAUGAGAAGAGUUCAUCCUCCGAUGCUGGAGUUCACAAAACAAUACAGACUAUUGCUUGGUGUGUUGCAGGCAAACCAAGAGUCUAAGUUUCAUGAUACUUUGUGCCUCCUCGAUUCCUUUCCUCGCCUCCUCUCCUCGCGUCUUAGUCCCGCCUAGGAGGCGAGGAAGAGACACCGUAGCUGUAUAACAGCUGUUUAGUUUUACAGUCACACAUUAUUUGAUUUAAUACACACACACACACACAGGCUAAUAUAGACGUUAUAGUGUGAACUACAAAUAUUUGUAUUAAAAGGAGAAUAAAACGGUCCAGCCGUGGUUUGAGCUCAGACCACUUUUGUGCCUCUUACUUGUUUAUAUAAAGGACACUCUGGUGUUUCCUCGCUCACAGCUCCUCCAGAUGCAUUUCUAGGGAUUGGGAUGUUGUUCAUGAUGGAGCGCUGACAUCGAUUUUCUGAUCACAAGCCGGAGAGUCGAGUCGUCGAGGCGGCACAAAUUGGGGGAAAUGAGAGAGUCCUUGUCCUCUAUUGUCUGCCUACCUUUGUGAUUUUAAAGGAUCAAAGAAGUUGUUGCACUUGUGAUUUCCUCGUGUGUGUGUGUGUGUGUGUGUGUGUGUGUGUGUGUGUGUGUGUGAGACUCUAUGGCAUCAAUGCUAGCACAAUAACCUGCUAAUAUAACACUGAUUGCUAACUUGAUAGCAUGGCUACAUGCUGCUCUGUUACUGUGGUUACCGUCUUUCUCUCCUCCCACAUUUCUCAUAAAUAAAGCA